AUGCUAAAAUUAUCAAAAAGCUUAGUUUCCCAAAUACCUAAGGUCCAGGGAACUUUAGGGAAAGUUACAUUCUCAUCCUCAUACACGAGACAAUAUAGUGUUAGCGCUGAUGAGGAAACGAAACACUUUAAUCAUCUUGCUGCAAGUUGGUGGGAUAUAAACGGUCCCCAGCGUAUUCUUCACAAAAUGAAUCUUGUGCGAAUGGAUUUUAUUCAGCAAAAUAUCACCAAUUCGAUAUCACUUAAUGAUAAAUCGACACCCCAAGGAGAAGAAGUAUAUGUCCCGGGCUAUAAUUUGAACUUGCUUCCAAAAGAAAUUAGUGAGCAAAUCCUAUCAGACCAAAAAGAAAAACGUACUAAAGAAUAUGAGAAGUUACAGUUACGGUGUCUUGAUAUUGGAUGUGGAGGGGGGAUCCUUAGCGAAUCAUUGGCGAGAUUACCAAUUGUGAAAUCAGUUAAUGGGUUAGAUUUAGCAAGCGAGGUUGUUGAAAUAGCCAGAAAGCAUAAGGAUCUUGACCCGAUAAUCAAGAACAAAAUCACUUACGAGUUAAAAGCUUUGGAAAGUGUGAAUAAGGAUGAGAUGUAUGAUGUAGUGACAAUGUUUGAAAUUUUGGAGCAUGUUGACCAACCGGGUGAAUUUUUGAAGGAAGGGUUAUCACAUUUGAAAAAAGAUGGGUUGCUAUUCUUAUCUACUAUUAACAAGGAUUUUGUUAGCUGGUUCACAACAAUAUUCAUGGGGGAAUACAUGUUAGGAAUUGUACCAGUAGGAACCCAUCAUUUAGAAAAGUACAUCGACUAUAAAACUUUGGAUAAUUUAAUGGGACAACAAAAAAGAUUUGAGGUUCUUAGUGCCAAAGGUGGAUCAUAUUUCCCAUGCUAUGGCUGGUAUUUACACAGUCAUCCAGAGUUUGGAAAUUAUUUUAUGGCAAUCAAGAGAAUUGAAUAG